AUGAUGGACGGCAUCAGCGCAGCCGCGGCUAUACUCCAAGUCGCCCAAAUGGCUGGUCAAGCCGCCAUGACAGCGCACGAUCUAUUUUCCACUAUCAAGAAUGCCCCUAAUGAAAUUAGUGCGAUAAAAAACGACAUUUUAUCCUUCCAGAUUUUGGUCAGCAGCCUCGAAAGAUCGUUAAGCAGCAGCGACGUCUUCAAUAUGGUCAACGAGGAUCCAGAGAUAAGCCACGCUGUUCUGACUCUACUCAGCCCUAUUGAGAACUGCAAAAUUGCCCUGGACCGCAUACAGCAAAAGAUGAAGCCGUAUUUCAAAACUGAGACCUCACGGAGGGAGGUAUUUGCGUUGUCGUUGGAGCUUGAACGGACGAAAUCUACGUUUGGUAAUGCUAUGGGCCAUGUAACUUUGAUAAUCUCGACAAAGUCAGCUCUAGGAUUUGGAGAUAGGAAUUUUCAAGGAAAAGUCGAGUUUAAUCCAGAUGUUGGCACUUCCUUGCUCGAAUAUGCUAGCACAGUGAAAGCUGUCGCGCACCCAGACGAUGAAGCAACGAACAACGACACUCCCUAG